UAUGUGCAUUUGUCUCUCUGUACCUGCUAGUGUGUCGAUGUAUGUUUAGCCUCUCUCUCCUGAGUCAGACACUGAGGGCCGUUCAUCUGGGAACAUGUUCAGUCUGAUCAAACUACGGCGCGUCUUCACUGUCCACCAAGUGCCCAAAGCAUUUCACGAGGACAGUAUCAUCUCUGGAUAUCGACACCCUCGUAGUUCAGCCACAGACUGUGUGUUGAGCCUUUUUCAGCUCACCAAUGAGACCCUCAAUGUUUGGACACACUUUCUACCAACCUGGUAUUUUUUAUGGAAGUUGAUGACAGUGUUGUUGAUGGAGGAUGCGUGGUAUGAUGCGUACACAUGGCCUCUGCUGGUCUUCUUGUUUUCCUGCUGUGUGUAUCCACUGGCCUCCAGCUGCGCCCACACCUUCAGCACCAUGUCUACCCGCUCUCGCCAUAUCUGUUACUUCUUUGACUACGGAGCACUCAGCCUGUACAGCCUCGGUUCAGCGAUCAGCUACUCUGCAUAUGUGUUUCCUGACGCAUGGGUGAACAGCACCUUUCAUGCAUACUACAUCUCUGUAGCUGUACUAAACACCAUCCUCUCAACCAGCCUGGCCUGCUACUCAAGGCUUGGCUUACCAUUCCUUCACUAUAACCAUGACAUCGAUGAAAGAUUCUCUGAGAGACAAAGCCCACGGCUGAGUAAGGUGUUGCGAAUUCUUGCCUUUGCCUACCCUUACCUGUUUGACAACAUUCCUCUCUUCUACAGAUUGCUUCUGUGUGUUGGUGAGGGUUGCACUAAUAAUGAGGCAAAUUCCAUUCAUAUUCAACACACAUUGCUUGCUUUUCUUACCGCCUUCCUGUUUGCAACCCACUUACCUGAGAGGCUGGCACCUGGGCGCUUUGACUACAUAGGCCACAGCCAUCAACUGUUUCAUGUGUGUGCAAUAAUUGGGACACAUUUCCAGAUGAAGGCCAUCGAAGCUGACAUGGUGCUGAGACAGACACAGCUGCUGGCCACCGCUCCUCCUAUCACAUUUAAUAACACAGUUGGAUCAUCUCUGGUCUGUGUCUGCAUCAGUCUGGGGAUCAUUUGUCUUUAUAGUCUACCUCUGCUGUACGGCUCCUCAGAAACACACCCAGCAAAGACUGAAGAAAAGAAAUGCAAGCACUAAAGGCUCCUUGAGACAGGGGGUCUCUGAAAGAUUAAUUGCAAUCUUGCACAAGCUACCAAAGUUAUUAUGAAAAUAUAUCUAGGAGGUUCAUACUGGAUAUUACGUUAUAAAAAGAAGUCCCCAAGAGGGGUUUGUAGGUUUACAGCAGCUAUGCAACCUGAAAUUGCAAAGAGUAAUGAAUGCGUUAUUGCAUGAAUUCUGCUUCUCAGGGAAGAGCAAAAAAAAAAAAGGCAC